AUGAACUUCUACGACAAUACCCACAUUCAUACCUUGGGAGUCAACCUUGAAGCCCAGAUCGAGGUCCGGCUGGUGCCCAAUCCCACCCAACGUCGCGGUGACCAUGGGAAUGGAUCUCACGAUGGCUCGGCUUCCAGACCGGUAUCAAACUCUCGGCAGCUGCAGAUUACCCGAGCCCGUCGAGGUAAGGGCCCAUUGAAAGCCCCAGCGGAGAAGCAGGAUCGGCACAAGAACCUCGUCCUCGCCGCUCCUCGAUGUCUAGGGUGUGAUUUGACUUGGGUCACCUUUGCAGAGGCAAAGGAGCCAUACAUGUCGGAAGCCUGUGCUGACUUCCUAACUUGUGUCAGAGACACGUUUUAUCCCUCUCAGAUCUGCGCGCGGCUUGACACAGUCGACAGAUCCUUGUGGGUCGUCCUACUCGAGGACCCCCUCUACUUCAAUGCUAUCCACUUUGGUACUCUUGCAUAUAGGGAGUUGCUCGCUGGUAUUCCAUCCAGCAGAGAGACACACAAGCAUAGACUAAAGACCAUCCGCCUUCUGAGGGAGAGAAUAAGUUCGAUCGAUAAAGCAGCGGCAACUUCCGAUGCAACGGCCCUGGCCAUCAUAAUUCUAGCACACUUUGCAGAAGCAAUUGGAGACGCCAAAAGCUUUGAAGCCCAUAUGAAUGGUCUGAAGGCGCUGGUCGAUGCACGAGGAGGUUUGAAAAACUUGAAGUCGGGCCUCAUCGAGCUUCGGACCAAGAUGUGCAGAGUUGAUACCGCUUUUGCCUUCCUUUCCGACCGUCCUCCAAUGUUCUUCGAGGGCGAAGUGCCAUGGGACCGUUAUGUUGUAGAUCAAUACAACCCUACAAACAUUAGCUCAGAUUACUUGCAGCUCCAAACCAUGCAAUCGCUCGAUUGGAGGCUGGUUAAUGUUUGGUUGGAUAUGCAACAAUUCUCAUUGAUGUGCAACGAUAUUCAGAAACGUGGCGUGCGGCUUGAUCAACUCAUCUACAGCAAGAUCAUGGUUUCGAUGCAAUACCGUCUACUUUGCCUGUCCUUCAGCGAUUGCUCCUUGAACAAUGCAUUGCGCGCCGGCAUGCUGGCUAUCAUGACGAGAUUGAUGUUUGGAUGGCAUCCGAGAAAUGAUGCCCAGGUUCGAGCCGCAGUGCGACUUGAUGAGGCCAUGGUCUCCAUCCUAGAUGGAAAGAUCGAUGUGCCCCAUCACGUCUUGCUCUGGAUGCACAUGGUCCGAAGUCAGCUGGGGGGCUUAGCUCGAAUAGACGCUCGCCUCAAUGCUUGGCUUGUCGACACCCUCGAGGCGCUCUCUUUUCAUUCCUGGGAAGAAUCCAGAAAUGUUCUGCUCUCAAUGGUGUGGUUCGAGUUUUUCGGAGAGUCACAAGCUGAACUCGCUUUUGAUUAUGCAUCCAUGAAUCUGCCCGGCCGUUGA